ACAAAAUAACCUUUGACAGAUCCCUCUUUUUUUUGCCCUUUUCAUUUCGUUCAUUGUCUUCCACUCGCACAUUUCAAUCGUUCUUCUUUCUUUGUAUCGUUCUUAAUCUCCUACGCUUACUGUCUACCCUCAUUCCCUUACUAUUCGAUCUUUUUCAACAUCAUGCCACAGCUCGUUUAUUCCAAGUCAUUCAAUAAAAACAGUUUUCACCUCGUCGAACUCAGCAACGACGAUCUUGUACAGGCUUUCGAAUCGGGAUCACGAUUGGUUAUCAAAGGUCUACCGGACGAUGAAGCUGUUCUUUGUACAACCUCGGCUACCUACAGCGUACGCGAAGUCAAGACAUCCAAUUCCCUCGUCCUGAGUACAUUCGAUAAGGAUAAUCACGAUACAUGGCGCGUCGUCGACGAUUUGUCCAACACCAUUGAAUUUUUACCAUGUCUUGCCCGUACCAAUCGCAUCAACACCUUGCUACACUCCACACUUUAUGCAGGCCCCAGCGAAGAAUUUAAACACCAAAACAAGACAAUGUAUACCUUUUCGGACCUGCUGUCAACGGUGCAAGCGAGCGAACAAGAACUAAUCCAGGGAUUAAAAGAAAGAAACGCGUUUGAAAUACAAGGUUAUUAUCGGUUGUUUGAGAGGAAUUACCUUCAUCGUUUAUUGGAUGCAUUGGUCACACAAGCCAUUAUUCAAGGCCACGAUGUCAAAGAAAUGAGUGUGAAGAAUGCAUACGAGUGCGUUCGGGAAGGGUUGGCAGCGGUAGAGGACGAACCUACUUCUGUACCGGAUGCGGUCAUCAUGGCAUGCAUUGCGGCGUUUGCUGAUGAUGAUACGGAUUUGACCGUGGCCACAAAUUCAGUUCAUUUUAAUGAAAAGAAAAUAUGCCGCUUCCUCGGAGAAGUCAUUCUCGCCAGUGCAAAGGGUAAAGAAUGGCGACUGGAAGAUUUCAUGGAAGUCUGGCGUCAAGUUACACCGGAUGUCUACCAACCUCAAAUGGAAGCAUUGCAAGUGAGUCAAAAAUCCCCCUGAUCCCCAUACGUCUUUUCCGUCUCAGGAAAAUGUGGCGAGGAUAAUGUCAAAGUAGAUCAAAAGGGAGUU